AUGACGGAGUCACCUGUAAUUGACUUUGACGUGUUAUUUUACGAUCAUCUAAUCAAGGAGGAACCAAAAUUGGUAAACAAAGUAUUCAGUGCACAGCGACGAGGUGAAUUAGAAAAAAGACGGCGGUUAUCUGGUAAUUUUAAGCCGCUGAAAGAGGUUGUAAAGGAGUACAAUAAAAUUGUUAGCCGAAAGCGUAGUGCGACUGGCAAUAUCAAUGGUUCGCCGGUCCCUAAAAAGGCUUUAAGACAAGAUGAGAGGGAUGACUCAAGCGAGAGCUCAAGUAGCGAUCAUUCAAUCAAGCAGGCAGCGACAAAAUUAAUCAAUGGUGCAGGAAUAAAGCGACCUCUUCCUCCAUCGUCAUCUUCAAGCUCUUAUUCGGAUAUUCCUAGACAAUCCAUUUUGAAAGCAACUGGAAAAUCACAAACGAAAUCAUCUAGUUCCGGUAGUUUAUUGGCCGCAGAGAAAAACGAUGCAAAGUUUGCUGAAGUUCACCCGCCGCUUAAUCUUGAGACAGGAGAGAAGUGGGCAAGAAAGGAUAGCAAAUCUAGUUCCUCAAGCACUUUAAAUAAGGCUACGAAAAAGGAAAUUAGAAUUCCAUCGACCACGGGGCAAGCUGUAUCGAACAAGGAUUCGUUAACAAAUUCUAGCAGUGAUGAUAGUGAUAGUAACGCUGAAGGGAAAUUACAACCAUGUAUUCCCAAAAAACCAGUAUCUGUCGUAUCAAACGUUAAUUUAAGGAAAAAUGCAGUUACCCGAAGUUCGUCUGACAGCACUUCCAGUAGCGACGAGGAUGCAAAGAAUGGUUUGCGGUCAUCAGUGCCGGGAAAAGUUUCCGGUAAAGUAGUUCCAACCACAUCAAGUGCUAAUUUAAAAAAUGCUGCNCCUGCAAAAAAACCUGAAAGUUCAUCUGACAGCACUUCCAGUAGCGACGAGGAUGCAAAGAAUGGUUUGCGGUCAUCAGUGCCGGGAAAAGUUUCCGGUAAAGUAGUUCCAACCACAUCAAGUGCUAAUUUAAAAAAUGCUGC